CACGUGACUGCGGUGCUUAAAGAUGGCGGCUGUGAAGGCGAGUGCUGAGCUAACAGGACUGCGAGAGUGUGUAACCUGUGCUGAUGUACCCGGCUUGCCGUGUCCUCUCUUCAGGUGGGCAGGAUUGUAUUCUGGAGCCGCUGUGCUUUCCUGAGCAGCUGACUGCUAGCAUUACCGUCUCCUCCUCGGACGACAGUUGCGCAGUGUGCUGUGUUUUGUGCUCACACACAGCUCCUCUCUCGGAUAAAGACCAGCUCCUGAAGCACCUGCUGCUGGAGCACAAGCUGGUCAUCGCUGACAUCAAACUCAUCGCUGACUUCCCAAAGUACAUGCUUUACUGGAAGAAAAGGCUUACAGAGCAGCCCAUCACAGACUUUUGCAGCGUCAUCAAGACCAACUCUGAGGGACCUGCCGAGCUGCAGGAGUACUACUUCCUCCUGUGCGACGUUCUGCCAGAGGACCGCAUCCUUCGAGAAGAGCUCCAGCAGAAACGACUGGAGGAGGUUCUCGAACAGCAGCAGAAGGAAAGAGAUGAUACCGGCUUUCAGCGGAGCUGCAUGUUCUGUAAUGAAGAAUUUACCAGAAACCGAUCUGUGCUGCUCAAUCAUAUGGCCAGAGAGCACUCGUUCAGCAUCGGCCUGCCCGACAACAUCGUCUACUGCACACAGUUCCUCGAUACGCUGGAGCGGAAACUGGACAAUAUGCAGUGUCUGUACUGUGAGAAAAUCUUUCGAGACAAGACGACCUUGAAAGAUCACAUGAGAAAGAAGCAACACAGACGCAUCAACGCCAGCAAUCACGAGUAUGAUCGCUUCUAUGUCAUCAAUUACUUGCGUGUGCAGGAGCUGGGGAAGACCUGGGAGGAGGUGCAGUCUGAGGAUGACAGGGAGCUGCUGGAGGAUGAAGACGAUGACUGGUCCGAUUGGCAGGCUCACCCAGUGUGUGCUGUGUGUCUGUUCUGUGAGCAGCAGGAGGAGACUAUGGACAAGAUCUACACCCACAUGCAGAAAACUCAUCAAUUUGACCUCCAUAAAUUAAAAACAGAUCUCAACUUGAAGUUUUACCAGCAAGUCAAACUCGUGAACUACAUCCGCCGUGAGCUCCACCAGUUCCGCUGUCAUGGCUGCCAGAGGAAGUUCGAAACCAAAGAAGAAGUGCUGCAGCACCUGAAGGAGGCCAGUCAUGUGAUGCAGCUUCCAGACAGCACACACUGGGACCAACCACAGUACUAUUUCCCGACAUAUGAAAACGACGCUCUCCUUACGGCUCUGUCCGACAGCGAGAGUGAGUGUGAAGGAGCAGAACAGAGCUCAGACGUCCCUGUGUUCGCCGAGGACAUCUCCGACCUGAAGGCCUUAAAGCAGAGCAGUGUGCUGAACAAACUCCUCAAGAACGGAGGCAGUGCCAACUAAAAUCCGCCCCAAUACACACAGACUUUUCUGUUCUUUUGCACUGGAAAUGCUCACUGUCAGGAGUACAGUGCAUCCUUCACAGCAGCAAACGUCUGCACAAAAACAUAGCAGGGUCUGUUUCUGUUGCAGUAAACUGAGAAUAAGAGAGCGAUAUUUAUGUAAUUAUCAGGUUUUUCAUACAGCAAAAAAAUCUUCUAGCAGGGAUGCCUCAAGGACACGAGCACUGUUGUGUUAUCAGAAUGCAUCGCAGAAAUUCAUGCUAAUAUAGUUUCUCAUACACACUUGACUGGUUCCAAAAGAAACACUCAUUUUUACAUCUCUUUGAUUAAAAAUGCCUCUGAGUUGCAUAAAUUUCACUAAGAAAAUUACUUUAUACAGUAUACUGCGCAUUUUCCUUCGCAUGAUUGAGUCAUUGCCUCAAGUUUGGAUCUCAGUAUUCAGUUAUUACAUUUCUACUGAAAAUGAAAUUAAUUUCAUAUUUGUUGCAAGUGUAAAUAAAGGUAAUUUAACAGAA